AUUCGUUGUUCAAUGAUUGAGUUGUUCGUUGUGCUAGAAAUUUCUCGUCAUCAGCCGGUUGUCUGCUGAGAGAAGAGCGUGUGUUAGUGGAUCAAUUAUUCAUUUAUCUGACCUCAAAAGGCUGUUUCUCGUUUAAUUUGCUUUUGCUGAGUUAUUAGUGAUAUAAAAUGGCUGCAAUGUCUGUUAUCGGUAUUGACUUUGGUAAUGAAUCUUGUUAUGUUGCCGUCGCGAGAGCAGGCGGUAUUGAAACUAUAGCAAAUGAUUACAGUCUGCGUGCUACACCAUCAUGUGUUGCCUUCAGCGGACGAAACAGAGUUCUUGGGGUUGCCGCAAAAAACCAAAUGGUUACCAACAUGAAAAACACCAUUCAUGGCUUCAAGAGACUGCUGGGCCGAAAGUACAAUGAUCCUUACGUUCGCCAAGAAAUGGUCCACCUCCCUUACAAUCUAAUUGCUAAUCAGGACGGCUCAAUUGGAAUUAAGGUUCACUAUUUAGAUGAAGACCACGUAUUUUCUCCUGAACAAAUAACUGCUAUGUUACUAACAAAACUCAAGGAUACUUCGGAAGUUGCCCUCAAGACCAAAGUGAAUGAUUGUGUGAUCUCGGUUCCGUCGUACUUCACAAAUGCUGAGAGGAAAGCCCUGCUGGACGCUGCAGCUAUUGCUGGCCUGAACGUUCUGCGGCUGUUCAACGAAACCACAGCCACCGCUCUUGCCUACGGUAUCUACAAGCAGGACCUGCCACCGCCCGAGGAGAAGCCUAGGAAUGUCGUCUUUGUGGACUGUGGCCAUGCCUCACUUCAAGUGUCUGCCUGUGCUUUCAAUAAGGGUAAACUCAAGAUGUUGGCUUGCUCCUCGGAUUGCCAGCUCGGUGGCAGAGACUUUGACUUUAUUCUUGCCAAACACUUCAACAAGGAGUUCAUCUCCAAGUACAAGGUUAACGCUGAGAACAACCCCAGAGCCUUCCUACGACUGGCCACUGAGGUCGAGAAGGUCAAGAAGCAGAUGUCUGCAAACUCUACUCGCCUUCCGCUCAACAUUGAGUGUUUCAUGGACGACAAAGAUGUGCAUGGUGAUAUAAACAGAUCUGAAAUGGAGGCACUGUGCGCUCACUUGUUGCAACGUGUGGAGAAAACACUGCAGAAGUGUCUUGAGGAUUCAAAGCUGCGACAGGAUGAGAUUCAUUCCGUCGAAAUUGUGGGAGGCUCCAGCCGUAUCCCUGCGAUUAAGAGCUUAAUCGAGAACAUCUUCGGGAAACAUCCGAGCACAACACUGAACCAGGACGAGGCAGUGUCACGAGGCUGCGCACUGCAGUGCGCGAUGCUCUCCCCCGCCGUCAGGGUGCGGGAAUUCAGUGUCACAGAUCUUCAGAACUACCCCAUCAAACUUGUCUGGGACGCCAACAUGGGGGAGAACGGAGAAAUGGAGGUGUUCCCUCAGCACCACCAAGUUCCAUUCAGCAAGAUGCUGACAUUCUACAGAAGAGAACCGUUUACUAUCAAAGCGUACUAUGCUGCUCCAACCCCUUAUCCUGACAGCUAUAUAGGCCAAUUCACAGUGAAAGAUGUGAAACCAACUCCAGAAGGUGAAAGUGCUAAAGUGAAGGUGAAAGUCAGAGUCAACCUUCACGGAAUCCUGACCAUCAGUGGAGCGUCCUUGGUGGAGAAGUUGCCGGCAUCUGAAAACGACACAAAUGACGAGCAGGCCCCACCGGAACCGAUGGAUGCCUCCACGAUUCCCCCCAACGAAUCGGUCAACGGAAUGGAGAGUGAGCCGAUUUCACCGGAGGUAAUGGCACAAUCUGCGGCAAAACAGAGAACAGAGGGAGUAAAGACUCCUGAGGGAGCCAAAGACCGUUCGAAACCGAGUCCCAAACGCAAAUCUUCUGUCCUCAAUGAAGAGAUAAUGAAUGAUCCGCAAAAGCUGUUCAAUUGGUUUCAUGACGUGGUAUGUGCAGAAUUGUUUAGCGGAGUUCGACUUGGGAUUUACUUGAAACUCUACGGCUGAGCUAGUAACAAGGUG